AUGACGUCAGAUGGCGCGCGGUUAUCGGGCCGGCUCAACUCGUGCAGCGGGCGGCACAUAGCUCAACUCGUCGCGCCCACUGGCAAAGCCCGUCUCUCCUCUCGCUCUCGUCGCCUUGCUUCUGCCGACGUCGGACAGCAAACAGCCACCGCCGUCACCGUCGCCGCGGCGGCUGAUGCCGCGCGCCCCAAGCCGAGGGACGCCGGGCGAGGCCGCCACCUCCGCCGCUGCCGCGGAAGGGCCGGGAAGAGCGGGGCCGCGGGUGCCAAUGCCGCGGCGGGCGAGGGCUCCAAGGAGAGCCCCGGCCCCGACCUGCCCCCCAGAUGGGGGCGGAGUACGUGCCGGAGAAGCCCGGCCUCGACGCCGGCGACCCCCCCUCCUCGGCGCCUCCGCUGCCGUCUUCGAGAAAUUCGGCUUCAAGGAGCCCCCGCCGCCGCACCUCCCGCGGUUUCCGGGUCCUCCUCUCCUCCCGCCGAGGGCGAGGAGAAGGAGAAUGAAGGCGCACCCCAAAUGCCACGAAGAAGGGGUCAGAUGCCGCUGAUAAUGAAGCUGCAGAAGAAGCAGCCGCGGAGGAUGAAGAUUGCAGAGCUGAAGCAGAUGUGCGACAAGCCUGAUGCUGUUGAGGUCGGAUGGUAAUGCCCCUAUCCGAAGUUGCUCGUAUAUCUGAAGUCCUACAGGAACACCGUCCCUGUUCCAAGAUACUGGUGCCAGAAACGAAAGUUCCUGCAGGGACUGCUGUAACAUCCGAGGAAGCUGGAAAUGGUGUUGCGCUGCUUGAAUGGUUUCUGUAGUGUAUAUAGGAUAGUUAUUUUUUGGCAGGGGUAUAUAGGAUAGUUGAAUCUACUGUAUAUUUAUGUAAUGCCUCUUCUGCUGUACAAAUUUGAGUCCAACUUGAGUCCAUGGCUUUUGAUAUUCC